AUGGUUUCUAGUCAGCACGAGACCCAGCCUCUCCUUGACAAGAAGAUAGAUGAGCAUGACGGAGAUGUCAAGGACGCGCUGCCGCCGCCCAGGUACUCUUUUUCAUCCAAUGACAACACCGUCGCCGAGCCCGCCUCCGCUGUGAACGGCCUCUCUAUCACUGGCUCCUACCAGCUCGACCCGUCGCUCCCGCUCGAGAAGACUGACCGUCGCGGAGGCUGGCACAGACACGAGACGCCACCGACAGCCAACCUCCAAGCGCGCCACGGCAACAUCACGACCAAGAUAGCAGUGACCGGCGAUGCACCGUGCGCGAAUCAUGCCACCAUCCGCGCCACCUCAAGGACAGGCGACAUCACGCUUGACAUCACCGAGAAGUCCGCCGCCCGUAACGUAGACAUCGAAACCUGGACACGCCGGGGCACAACCAUCGUCCUCCUCCCACCCACCUUCGCCGGCGUCAUCGAGCUCAACACUUGCCGCGGGCGUUUGAUUCAACUGCCGGGCUUGGAAGAGAAGACAGCCCUCUUGCGCUCGACAGAGCAGACGCUGAGCUUUGUCGUUGGCACGGUCUGUGGAGAUGGUAAGGAUGCGAAGGCCGACUUCGUGCGCCUGUCGUCGAAGAAGGGCGGGAUCGCGGUCGGGUUUAGUGGUGUUGAUGGGGAGGCACAAGCGUUGGAGAACGUGCGGAAGGAGUUAUCUGCUUGUCGGCGCCGUUGCGGUAGCUGUUGA